AUGUCAGUUACCCAAAGUCACGGCAAAACUCUGGAGUUAUGUUUGCUGGUGAUGGGCACAUGGAAAUACUUUGUGCACCGCUACAUGCACCAGAACAAAUUCCUCUAUCGACAUAUCCACUCGCAACAUCACCGUUUGAUCGUUCCUUAUGCCAUCGGGGCUCUCUACAACCACCCACUAGAGGGGCUCCUUUUGGACACUUUGGGUGGUGCUAUGUCCUUCGUUGUCUCUGGCAUGACGCCAAGGACUGCCGUGUUCUUCUUCUAUUUUGCUGUGCUCAAGGGUGUCGACGAUCACUGCGGACUCUGGUUGCCAUACAACAUCUUCCAGAACUUGUUCCAAAACAAUACCGCCUAUCAUGAUAUCCACCAUCAGCUCCAAGGCACGAAGUACAAUUACUCCCAGCCGUUCUUCUCGGUCUGGGACAGGAUUCUAGGAACCCACAUGGCCUACGACCUAGUGAGCCGGAAGGAAGGGGGCUUUGAAGCAAGGCCGUUGCGAGACUAGCUUUGAGCUCAUUGAAGUGUAUAGAACUCAAGCGACCCAGCAGGAUGUACAAAAAUGCUCUUCCGCUCCCUUCCUCGUGAUCAGCAGCUUAUAAGAUGAUGAAGGCAUUCCAGUACCCCCAGCUCCUUUUUCUUUUUCGCGUCUCGGCGGAAAGCCAUUCGGUAGUGGAGAGUGGAGAAGACUCUGAAGCUAUUGGAUUGUGUGUUCUUUUUCCUACAGUUAAUCUAGUAGGAGCGCCCACCUCAAACGGAGAAAUGAUGUUGUCCCGGGCAUGGGAGGUCACGUGCAUGUUUCUACCACUGAUUCUCUGCUUUAAGAUUUGUGCCACACAGUGUUACCAAGUUUCAUUGAGUUUCAACA